AUGAGUAUUUUACUGGUUUUAGCUGGCAUCGUUUCUUGUGCUCAAUGCCCAACAUGCAAGACUUAUGUUCCUAUUCCACCUGAUUUGUUAUCAAGUCUAACACAAGGGCAAACAGCUAAGUCCACAUCAAGAGUGCAGCCUACAAGAAACACUCCUCAGAAUACUGAUGCAUUGAAGACACCCCACACUUUACAUAGAACUCCUGCAACAAUGAACUCAUCGUACUCAAAUUCGCUGUCUAACCUUGAGAACAGCUGGCGAUCAAAAUUUUUGGGAAUGCCUGUGCUGAUUCUUGGCAUUGUUCAAAUCGUUUUGAUAGUGCUCAUUUUCAUCCUUGAAAUAACAUCGCUGGGUCUUUCCUCGUAUAGCGCUACCGGUGCUGGUAUCUGGUGUAGCAUUUUUUUCUUUCCAGCCGCUAUUUCAACAGUGCUGUUAGUAAUCAAAUGGGAACGAUCGAGAGUUUGGGCUACUCGAGUCUUUAUCGCCCAAGCUGUCAUGCUUGUAUUCUCGUUCGUUCUGAUUGGCAUAGUUGGUAGCUACGUUUCAAGCUACAGUGCUACUGCUGCUGCUACGACAACAUAUUCGGCUUACUAUAGUACUACUAAUCUCACAACAAAAUAUCACGUAAUGCAAGCACAACUGGCAUUUGCUAUUCUUUUAAUGUUUUCUGGGUUUACCUAUGUGACUUUCUAUUUGGUAGUCACUUAUUUGGCAUUAUGGAGACCUUUCCAAACUCUUGAUUUACCUCAUCUCUUCGUUGCAUGA